GACAGAAGUAGAAAGACAGACACACUGAGGGAGAGAGCGAGAGAGAGGUUUCAUGAACUAUAGCCGGCUAUUAGCAAAACAGUGGUUUACUUAUGAAAAACUAUCCACUGCAUUUGCACUCAUCAUAUUAUGUGAUGAUAAUGUUAUAGGGGUUUACUGUGCUCCGGAUCUCUUUGGAUUAUAGCCAAACUGACUGAAUUUGAAUAACUGAAGCUUGGAAAUGCAGUAUCUUUCACUGAAGUCAUCCAUGCUCUUUAUUUUUAUUUACAUAGAGAGCCAGGCAGUGUCAGAUGGAGAGUUGAACAUGUCUGCACGGGGCUGUGGAGGCAGCAACUCCAGCCUUCCAGGGACUCCGGGCGGAGAGGCUGGCCCCGCCAACAGCGUGCUGAGCUGGGCCGUUUCAUUUGAGAAGCUGUUGGAGGACCCCUCUGGGGUCAGUUUCUUUACGGCCUUCUUGAAGUCUGAAGUGAGCGCAGAAAACAUUUUAUUCUGGCAAGCUUGUGAAAAGUUCAGGAAAAUUCCAGCCACCUCCUCGGACAAGCUGAAAGCACAGGCUCGCUCCAUCUACAACACCUACCUGUCUGACAGCGCUCCCUACCCAGUCAAUAUUGAUGACACCGCCAAGACAGAGGAGAAGGACCUGGAGCAGCCCACACCUGACAUGUUUAACAAGGCUCAAGCACAGAUAUUUAAGUUGAUGAAGAUGGACAGCUACAGGCGCUUUGUGCGCUCUCCUCUUUACCAGAGGUGCACUUUGGCAAGUGUAGGAGGAAAACUUCUACCUCAGGUCUCUCAUGAGCCAGUCCACUCGGGAUCCUUGGAAGAUGUGACCACCAGAAGCCCUUUGCUCGGUGACAAGAAGAAUAAGAAGUCAGGCUCUAACAGCUUGCCGGGUGGCAAGUGUGCCUCAGAGAAACAGCGACAGAAAAGAGGAUCCUGGGGAGAUGCAUCCAACACCCAGGGUGCAGUCUUGCAGAACGAAUCACAUAUGUCAGUCAAGUCAACCAGCAGUGUGGAGCUUGGCUCCCUCUACAGGCAGAUAGAGAAUGGCAGAUCGAGUCCCCGGUCUCCAGAUCAAGGAGGUGGAGGUGGGAGUCGGAUAGGGGUGGAGGGGGGCUACUGCUGUGUCUAUCUACCUGAUGGCAGUGCCUCCCUGGCCCCCACACGUAAUGGCCAACCCAUCAAAGACAUGCUGGCUAGCCUGUGUGAAAAGAGAGGCUUUCCGCUGAAAGAUGUCAUCAUCUACCUUCAAGGGAAGGACAAGCAGCCCUUAUCGAUGGACCAGGACUGCUCCGUACUGAGAGAUCAGCAGGUCUCUCUAGAGCUCAGGGUGACGUUUGCGCUGGAGAUUGCCUUCACUGGUAAGACAGUGGGGAUCAUGGUGAAGUCUAGUAAGACGCUGCAGGAAGCCCUCUCUGCGGUGUUGCAGAAGCACCAGCUCAAGCUGCAAGAGGCCCUGGUCACCAUGGUUGGAAGAGACGAGCCUAUGAACAUGAGCAGCAACGUGUUCAGACUGGCCAAUAAGACGUUACGACUUGACAAAACUAAAGGAAGCGAUCAGACCAGCGUUUCCAGAGGCAGUGGUUCUGCUGCAGCCACACAGGCAGGAGUACCGAGUGGAGGUGGCGCGGAGGCCCGAUCAUCGCUGCAGACAGACAGAGCUAAGAGUCAGCCCAAGCCCAGUAAGAACCGCGACAUGGAUGGGUUUAUGGACAUGCUGACAAGAGCUCAGUGCUACAGGGUUGAUGACCAGCGAGGCCUCCUGACCAAAGAGCAGCUGGAGGUCCCUCUGUUCUUGCAGCUGUCCUCGAACCAGGAGCGGGACACAGAGCCAGAAGAGCCCAGUACAACCAGCUCCCAGACUGGAAAAUCUAAAGAGGAAUCAGAGGAUAAGACGUCAUUACCUUUAAGUCGAGCUGGGGCAAAGGAGGGAACCCCUGAUUUUGCGAAAUCAGAAUCCAAAGACUUAAGGGAAACAGACGUUUGAAAGACUUUCAUGUGUGGGGUGGACAAACACUUGAUCCAGAACCACAAUGAACAUUCAUCAUGUCAAAAGACAAAAACUAAUUUUAGUCAAAAAUAGUUGAGCACUUUUCACAAUUGUUUACAAAUAAGCUCUGAGACAGCAGUGUGCUAAUGUCUCUGCUACUUAUAAUUAGCCUCUUCAGGCAAUAUGGAAAGAAGAGAGGCCAUGGCAAGCAUUUUAUAGUGUCAUCUCAAAACACUACACGUCCCUAUGGGAAAAUGUUUGCUAUGAAUUGUUUAAUGCACCCAAAAAUGUGUGAAAAGAAGGUUUAGUUCUACAUUUCACCCUGAAACCAGUGUAUUUAAAUAGCUUUUCCCUGAUGUUUAAUGCUGUAUAGUUUGAGUUGCAGUUCACAUUGCUUCUGUUUCUCUCUAACAUUGUGUUCAUGCCUUUCUGUAAACUCUAAACCAAAACAUGUUUCUGCACAGGAACCUGUGACUGUCCAGAAGGGGUUCUGAAGUGUAUUGCACGAUUGUGUUUUCUUUAUUUCUAUUAUUAUUAUUAUUAUUAUUGAAGGUUUUUACACUUUAACAGUUUUUAAUAUUUUAAAUUACUGUUUUCAUUUUGUGUGCUUACUUGCUAUUUCGUGUAUGUCUGCUGUACUUAAAUGCAGUUGGUUUGCUGUGAUAGCACUUUGCGAGGCCCUUGUCAAGUCGUGUUUUCCUGUCAGUUUAUACUAAAUAUCAGUGUCCAGAUCAUUCAUUAGCAAUGUGGUAUUACAGGGAGUGAAUCCGAUGUUGUGAUCAUCAAAAAUAUCCCACAGGGUGUAUCCAAAGAAUAAAGUGUUUUAUGAUGAAAUGUGA